UUAAUUUAUGGUUAUAUUUAUAACAACAAACGGGAUUCAACCAGAAUAAAAUAUAAAUAUUGCAUUAAUUAAAAUAAAAUUUAUUGUUUUUCGUUUCGGUUCGUAUUAAAAAUGCGUAACGUUGAAAUUAAAGCUAAAGUACGAGAUUUACAACAAUUACUGAGUCAAGCAGAAAAAUUAGCUGCCGCAGAAGCAACUAUCAUAAAACAGCAUGAUACCUUUUAUACUGCCCCCAAUGGUCGAUUGAAGCUCAGAAGAUUCCCAGAUAGCGGUAGUGGAGAACUAAUAUUUUACGAUCGUGAGAAUAAGCCGGGACCAAAAUUGUGUAACUUUGAGAAAGUGGAUGUAGCAGCCGAAAGUGUGGAUGGGUUACACAAUGUCUUAACCAAAGCACUAGGAGCAAAAGAAGACUUGAAAAAAACAAGACGUUUAUUUUUGGUUGAUCAGACCAGGAUCCAUGUUGAUGAAGUGGCGAGUCUGGGGAAUUUUAUGGAGUUGGAGGUAUGUUUAAGACCAGACCAAACGGUGAAAGACGGUGAAAAAAUUGCACACGAUUUAAUGGUGAAAUUGGGAAUUUCACCCAAGGAUCUGAUAACUAUGGCGUAUGUAGACCUUCUCUCUAAUGCUUAAUUCCAAUUGUGUUGUGAUAUAUAAGUGACCCAAACAAACUUUAUUGAGCUAGUCACUCAGGAGUAAUGUACAUAUUUUUUUUUGAGAAUUUUCCUGAAACCAUCACAUUUUACUAAGAAACCCCUUUUUAAUACAAAAAAAAUUAGGACUGGAAAACUUAACGUAUUUAUUAAUUUUUUUUGUCAAUGUUGUUGUAUUUUCAUUUAUUAUUAAGCAAUAAAGAAAUGCGAUUUUA